ACUAGCUACAUAUAUAAUCGAUUUAAAAAAUCAACUAUCAUUUAUUAAUAAUUUGAGGUAGUAGUCCGGCCAUUGGUAAUAUUUAAGUGUCUUUUCCUCCAAUUUGAGGAGCAGAGAUAACAAUGUCUGUUUUACCUUGUUGGAGUCGCUGCGCACAAUUGGUGGUUCUCUCUAUGGCCACCAUUCUCCUACUAUUCUACCAAACUUGCUGCGCCAAGCAUGGCACAUCCUGUCCAUCUUCUUCGUGCGGCGAAAUUCGCCACAUAAAACAUCCAUUCCGACUGAAAGACGACCCUCCCAGUUGCGGCCUUCCCGAGUAUGAAUUUGAUUGCGUGAAUAACAGAACAUUGGUUACACUGUUUUCAGGGAAAUACUAUGUGGAGGAAAUCAAUUACGAUAGGUACCAAAUCCGACUGAUUGAUCCGGGUGUUGUGGAGGACACUUCUUGCUCGUUUCCUCGCUAUUUCUUGUACACACAAAGUUUCAGUGCACCUGACAAUGAUCUGCUGAUUACUUUGUCUGGGGAGGAGUAUGGGUAUAAAGUAGUGUUUCUAAACUGUAGUUACCGAGUGAGUGAUGAUCCUCGGUAUGUGAAAGUGAAAUCCGGCGGCGGUUGUGAUUUCGGAGGCUAUACCUACGCCGUGCUGGAUCGCGGUGAUCCGGAAUUUACAGUUAUGGACGUGAAGGCCGGAUGCAGAUUAAAGGUUGCUACCUUCCUAAACUGGACACAUGGCAGUCAAACACAUGACAGGAACGUUUCCUAUACUGAUAUCCUUAAAUCUCUGGAAGAAGGAUUUUGGUUGACUUGGUUACCAGUUGCUUGCAGGGAGCAAUGUGGAAAGGGUAUGGAUUGCGACUUCAACCAAAUCACGCAACAAAUUCAAUGCUUAGGUUGUGAAAUUUUCAACGGAGUCAGCAAUUGUGGUGAGAUAUAUAUUAUUCUACGUUUUAAAUCACUAUUUAUUUAUUUCCAGUAA